GGGCCACACGGGGGCGCCGCUGGGGCCGCGCUGCUCCACGAGUUGCCGAGCAGCCGAGGAGGCCCUCACUUCCGCGUCGGGCCCAGCGGCGUCCGGCGUCCGCGCGGAGGGCCGGGGGGGCCGCAGGCAGCAGAAGUCACAUUGAUGAGUGGCGUUGGAAAGCUGGACCGUGGAGGUGGAACAGGACCGCCCUUACUUUGCAGUUUCUGAAAGCAUUUGAAGGCAAAAAUUCAGGUGUUGCUGGGAGCAAUGGAAGGUCACAAGGCAGAAGAAAAGGUGUUAGAUAUUCUUCGACUGAAUGUGGGUGGCUGUAUUUACACAGCCAGACGUGAGUCCUUGUGCCGCUUUAAAGACUCGAUGCUGGCAUCCAUGUUCAGUGGUCGUUUUCCUCUAAAAACAGAUGAAUCGGGGGCUUGUGUUAUUGACCGUGAUGGACAUCUAUUUAAAUACCUUUUGGAUUAUCUUCAUGGAGAAGUUCACAUUCCCACAGAUGAGCACACCCGAGUUGCUCUCCAGGAAGAGGCUGAUUACUUCGGCAUCCCUUAUCCAUACAGCCUGUCUGACCACUUGGCCAAUGAAAUGGAGACAUAUUCUUUAAGGUCAAAUAUAGAACUUAAAAAGGCUCUAACAGACUUCUGUGAUUCAUAUGGUUUAGUUUGCAAUAAGCCAACGGUUUGGGUUCUCCACUAUCUUAACACAUCCGGUGCGAGCUGCGAGAGCAGAAUUAUCGGCGUAUACUCCACAAAAACGGAUGGAACAGAUGCUAUUGAUAAGCAGCUGGGAGGAAGAAUUCACAGUAAAAGCAUUUUUAAAAGAGAGGCGGGAAAUAAUGUUCAGUACAUUUGGAGCUAUUAUUCAGUAGCUGAACUGAAGAAAAUGAUGGAUGCCUUCGAUGCCUGGGAAGGAAAAGGUGUUAGUUACUGGCGGGUGCCUCAUGAGCUCAUAGAAUGUUGGACUCUGGAAGAGCGGCCCUUGCUUGGAAGCCUCCGUCACAUGGCCCCGAUUCGAAAGAGGCGACUGACGGCGUUCAGUGACGAGGAAGACGAAGGUGUGAACUGUAAGACUGGUCCCAAGCCGGUCAGAUUCCUGGGCCCUUCCACCAGCACCCAAAUUAAAGUCAAGAACUCGGCGUCGGUGCGGGUGUCCCCGGCCGGCGCCCCCCAGUCUGCAGGCGGGAAGGCAGCGCUGCGCUCGGCGCUGCCUAACGCUCCGUCCCCGUCCCGGGCGGGCGCUGCGCUGCCGGGGCAGUCUCAGGCUCCUCGUGGGGCCGGGAGCGCGGAGAACGGAACCGCGCACCCGCCUCCCGCCAAGGUCCUGCUCUCCGACAAGAAGGCCACCCGGCCCCGCGUGAUAAAACUGAAGCGGACUCCGCUGUGCGCCGCCGGGCCGCCCCCGUCCGCCCGCGCACAAACCAGGCCCGCGGAGACGCCCGCGCCGGCCCCGGAAGCCCCAGGCGCGCACGCGCGGACUGAAAAUGGGCGGGGUCAGGCUGAUUGACGGAAGCGUCCCGCUCACUUCCGGGAGUGCCCGAGGCGUGCGCUGCUCCGUGGUGCAGUAGGGCUGGAAACCUGGGUUUCUUGAGGAUCAUUACGGGAAAAAUGAAUCGUGUCAAGUAGGCAUGGAAGAGGGAGACUUUAAGUGGUUGGGCCUAUCUUGUCUCAACUUGGAAAUGGUUGUCUACUGACGGUUUGAAUUUCAGGUUUUUAAUUUUUUUUUUUUUUUUUUUUUGAUGGUUCAUUGGUCUUAAGGCAACAGAACAGUACAGUAAAAUCAUCACUACAGAAGUACACUUUGUUGCUGAAUAAUUAUAGACUUUAGGCACUUUUGUAAUGUUACUCAUUGCUGCCCAGGGCCGAAUGGGGUUAGAUAUUCCCGUCUGGUGAAAUAGGGUGACAUUAGUGUUUCCCUGUACAGUGUCACAGCCAAGAGAUUUGAUAGAAAAUUCAGACCCAGGUGAGCUCCCUGCAGGUUUCUUUCAGUCUCAGAAGGCUUCGUGAAAAGAAAUGACGGGGGGGG